UACACUUACCACCCUGGGCUAAGACAGUACCGGGAACAGUGCUUGAAACCUACUGUUUGAAAUCAGCAGCACAACUGAGGCUGCCAUCCUCACUAUGGCACCUGAGGUUCCUAUCAGUGAAGGCACUUGUCCCAUCUGCCUGGAGUACUUCAAAGACCCAGUGAAUCUUGAAAGCUGUGGGCAUCAUUUCUGCAAAACGUGCCUCACCCAGUACUGGAGGGAGUCCAAUACUGAGUCUAAUUGCCCGCAGUGUAGCGGGGCAUUUCCGCAAAGCAAUUUCAAGACAAAUUGGCAGCUGGCAAAUCUGAACCUUGUCAAACUGGAGGAAGGAGUAAAAACGGAAGGGAUCAUUGUAUGCAAAGAGGAAGAGAUUCCCGUUGCUUUGGAUUACGACAGGCCAAGAGACCUUCAGGAUCAUGACGACUUGCCAAUGAAUGAGAAUUCCCAAGACUUAAAGGUGGCUGAGAACAGUGGGACAGGACCCAAUAACCGCAGGGGCCGUGGUGUUUCGUGGCGGCACAAAGAAACCUUGGAUCUCCUGGACAUCUGGGGGGAACAGAAAAUCCAGGACCAGCUCCGCGCCAGCCACCGGAAUAUUGAUUUCUUUGAGUACAUUGCUCAGGAGAUGGCUGUUCGAGGCCACCGGCGAACUGCUGUAGAGUGCCGUUCCAAGACCAAAGUCAUGCGACUGGAAUAUAAACGUGUGAUUAGUCACAAUUCCAGGCCAGGGAGCAAUAAGGUGACAUGCCCUUUUUACAAGCAGCUGCACCGCAUCCUUCGGGGAGAUGCCAGUGUAGCAUCCAAACGGGUUGCACGGAGACUAAGUCCCGAAGAGGCAUCACAACAGGGAUCUCUAUCGGACCAUCCAGUUCUGGAGGAUCACUUCUUAUCUGAGGAUCUCGGCACCAUUAACUCUGGAGAAUAUUUCAAAGAGGGAAGUACUGAUAAGUUGCUGGAAAGCACAGACAAUACAAGAGAUGGAAUGAUGUCUGGUAAUGGCACUGAGGAGGAAAUGGUAGAAGCAGGUGAUAACAACAUUAUACAGACUGAGGAGGAAGGCAGCAAUGGAGUCAGCGGAAAAGAGAUGGAAUCUCAAAGACCACAAGUAAGCCCCCAGCCCCAGCAACCACUAAACAACGUGGACCCUCCUCCUACCACCAGGCCAAAGGCAGCACUGCCUGUGGCAACCCGGCUCUCCUUGAUGAGGACCAGAAAGAAGCGAGAAAGGUCUGAGAGCAUGUUUCACCUGUUUCUGGAGCAAGCCAGAGAGGACUCCAUCAAAGAGCAAGAGGAGAUGGUCCGCGACAGAAUGAUGUUAGCUGGGUUUUUGAGAGCUUUUGAACAAGAUGCAGCAGAUAGUCGGGAGGAGCGGAAACAGUGCCUGGAGUCUCUGCGCACCAAUUGUGAAGUGCUCCAGGGUAUCCUUAGUGGCUUGAACAAGCUGACUGAUGUCAUUGCCAGCCAGCAAUCCGCCAGCGCUGGUGGCCAGGCGGUUUCCCGGCACCCACUACUAUCUGCCACUCAUAAGGAGAAUUUGCCACACCAUUCUGCCUCUGUUGUACGAAGCAGUUUGCCAUCAGAAGCAUUGCCCUCCCACCCAACCAGUUCUACCAACACCGCACCAAAAAGUGGCCCUCGCAGGCCUACAACUGUGACUCACGUUCCAACUCAGGUGACAUGUAAUCUCGGAUAACAGAUGGGAGGGGAAACACCUGCUUUGGACUCUUUCAUUAAAAGGUAUUGGAGUGUAGGCUAGGAUAAGGGAAAGAGGAAAGACCCUAAGAUCAGUAUGUUGUAUAAACCCGGGAGGAUAAGAGCUCCAUGUCUGACCUUUCACUGGUUUUAUAUGGUUUUAUAUUAUAUGUUAAUUGUUUUUAAUGAUAAUUUAUGUUGUUGGGGGCAUUGAAUUGUGCCGACGGUAAACCGCCUUGAGUCACCUUCGGGCUGAAAAAGGCGGUAUAUAAGUACGGUAAAUAAAUAGCCAAGGGGAGGGCUGUUUCUGAGACUCCAAGCAGGGAGGGGAGAGCAGGCAUGCCUGCCGUAUGGCGGCAUGGCGGGCAUGUGCGGGUGAGGGAGAGAGUGAGAGGCCAGAGGGAGAUUCUCACCAGCAAGUCCCUUCAAUGCAUGAGGGUUCUGUGUGGAAAGUUUGUCCCCAUUCUGUCAUUUUUGAGGUUCAGAAUGCUCUUUGAUUGUAGGUGAACUAUAAAUCCCAGAAACUACAACUCCCAAAUGUCAAGGUCUAUUUUCCCCAAAUUCCACCAGUAUCCGCAUUUGUGCAUAUUGAGUAUUCAUGCCAAGUUUGGUCCAGAUUUAUCAUUAUUUGAGUCCAAAGUGCUCUUUGGAUGUAGGUGAACCACAACUUCAAAACUCAAGGUCAGUGCCCAUCAAACCCUUCCAGUAUUUUCUGUUGGUUGUGGGAAUUCUUUGUGCCAAGUUUGGUUCAAUUCCAUUGUUGGUGGAGUUCAGAAAAUUUUGAUUGUAGGUGAACUAUAAAUCCCAGCAACUGCAACUCCCAAAUGACAACAUCAAUCCCCUUCCCAACCCCACGAAUAUUCAGAUUUGGGCGUCUUGGUUAUUUGUGUCAGAUUUGGUCCAGUGAAUGAAAAUACAUCCUGCAUAUCAGAUAUUUACAUUACGAUUCAUAUCAGUAGCAAAAUUACAGUUAUGAAGUAACAACAAAAAUAAUUUUAUGGUUAGGGGUCACCACAACAUGAGGAGCUGUAUUAAGGGGUUGUGGCAUUAGGAAGGUUGAGAAACACUGCUCUACAGUAUGCUUUUCCUGGAUGUUACCCUAGAGUUGUGUUGGUGAGCCUAGCAAAAUGCUAGAAAAGUCCUCUAACACAGCUCAGGUAUACUGAGAUCAGAAAUCAGGUAAUUUAAUGACAUUUAUUUGAAUUGUUUUCUGUCAUAUGUAUUGCUUGUAGGUGAAAAACUGUAAAGAUUAGGAUCUGAAAGUCUUGCUUCAAUAUAAUUGAGAAUAUGGAUGUUAUCUAACUGUCAAUAAACUGGAAACUAGCUUUCUCCAA